CCCUGAAAGCUCCAACGCGACGACAUUUAGCAGUCGUUUUUAUUCUAUUAAAGUGCUUAUUUUUGGUGGAGAUAACUUCGGCGUUUUUCUUAUUUUUUUAAAAAUACAUUCGACAGUAUUUUACUUGUCGCGCGAUUGAUCUUCAGCUGUUUACAAAGAGAGUCACGGAGCUUUGAUUUUAACUGAAGAUGGCUUCUCGGGGGAAAUCAGAAACUGGCAAAUUGAGGCAGAAUAUGGAGGAACAACUGGACAGACUGAUGCAGCAGCUUCAGGACCUGGAGGAAUGCAGAGAAGAGCUGGAUGAGGAAGAGUAUGAGGAGACAAAGAAGGAAACCUUGGAGCAGCUGGAGGAAUUCAACGACUCCCUGAAGAAGAUAAUGACCGGAGACAUGACGCUUGUGGAUGAACUCAGUGGAAUGCAGCUGGCGAUCCAAGCUGCCAUCAGUCAAGCGUUCAAAACCCCAGAGGUGAUCCGACUUUUUGCCAAGAAGCAGCCGGGACAGCUGAGAACCCGACUAGCAGAGAUGGACCGAGACGUGAUGGUGGGGAAGCUGUCGAGGGACGUGUACACGCAGCAGAAGAUGGAAAUCCUCACAGCCCUGAGAAAACUGGGAGAGAAGCUCACUCCAGAGGACGAGACGUUUCUCACUGAAAAUGCUACAGCUGUUCUGCGCCACUUUGAAAAAGUGACGGCAAACCUGGGGUCUGAAGACAAAAUCCUGGCUUUAGCUAGCUCUGGAGUGAAAACCAAAGCGUAGCGAUUCUACAAAAUGUUCCUUUUAGAGUCUGUGUUCUUACCCAGAGAGAAAUGUGCCAAUCAAUCAUGGAUUUUGUAAAUAAUCAGUGCACUUUGGGGUGUUACUGUAGACGCUAACACUUUUUAACAGUAUUGUUUUUUACUUGUCGACUUUUUUAAAUGUCAAAUCAUGAUGAGUGUGUAAUUGUAUUCUCGGUACGAGCAUGUUUCGUUAAAGAUGAAUGUAGUGUUUUUUGGGUUGCUGUGUCUGUUUUAAAACAUGACAAUUCAACAGUG